AUGAGUGACCAAAACGUUCAAACGACUGCCAAAGCGGUUGAUUUUGCUGUCAAAGGAAUGAAGAGUUAUAUUGAAAAGCUGAGUCAAAGUUCCGAUCUUCAAAUAGAAUGGGGUGAUUUUAUUAAAGAAAGUGGAUUGGAAUUUGAUGAUGAAUUUGGAGAAGCUUUAUUAAAGUUAGGAGAAGGAUUAAAAUCCAUAUCCACUCUCCAAAUAGCCGUCAUGACGAAUAUUGAUCAAAAUUUCAUUGAGGAUGCACCUGUGGUCUUGAAUUUUCAUGUGGAUGCAAAGAAAGCACAGUUAACGCAAAAGGAAAUUGAGGGAUACAAUUUAGCCAAACAAAUGCAACAUUGCAAAUUAAUGAAUCGACUCUUUAAAAGCAUGUAUCACUACUAUGCUGAAGGAUAUACUUUGACUUAUCACUUGAAAGAAGCUUUACAAAAAGUGGUGGAAAGAGGCAAAACAAAUUCCGAUUCUAUUAAGGAAUAUGGAAGAGAGUUGAGAAAGCAGAGAAAGGAAGGCCUCUAUGCUAUCAUCAUCAACACCACUAGUACUUCAUCUACAAGUACCAGUACAGGAAGUGGAGAAAGUAUUCAAAGUUUGGAACGAGAUUCCAAUUUCAUGUGCUCCUAUCAAUAUAUUCAUCAUAAUCAGACGAGCAGCUCGAACGAUCAUCAGCAACAGAUCCCUAAUGCCUAUUCAUCCUCAUCAUCUUUAUCAUCAUUGAAAAGUAGUAGUAGCAGCACAAAUUCAAACAAUCAUUCUUUUAAUAAUGGAAAAAGUACUGCAACUACUGGCAGCUCUAACAAUAAUAAUGGUUUCAAACCAAAACAAGCACCUCCGGUUCCUAACAAGAGUUGGUAUCAACAAAACGAAGUCAUGGAUAGAAGUAGUGAAAGCAACAAUUCAAAUUCUUCAUCGUCAGCAGCAACAACAAGUCAAACGUCAUCCUUGGCUUCACCUUCUAUUAAUGAGCCACCCCAACUUCCAGUGUUUGAUUUGAAACAAAGGAAAGUCAAUUCUCGUCUAGUGGACAAACCACAAGGUCGAGUUGAAAAUUCAGACCCGUACCACUCGACCAAUGAAGUUGAAUAUAAUACUCCUCCCUCACAGCAGAAACCUUAUCAACAACCAAAACAAUUUUCCAAUGCACCUCCUGUAUUGUCCCAACCUCAAACGAAACAAACGACUUUUGAAAAACCUCAACAACAACCAUCUGUUGUGACAACACUGAUCUUAAACUCUCAACUACAGGAAACAUCUCAAUUUACUCAAAAUGAUGAACGACACAACUAUGAAGAAGAAGAAAAUGAACAAGAGUGCACUUCUGCCUCCCGAACACUACCAAACUCUCACUUCUCUUCACCUCAUGGGAAUGAAGAUUACGAAGAAGAGCCUCCCAUUGUGGAAGAAGAAUCCUAUCAACAUAUUCAGAAGCCAGCAAAAGCUUCUCCUUCAACUCCAAAUAUAUCUGCCUCAAAACCUGUCAUCCAAUCUCAUUCACAAAGAAAGGAUUAUGUUCAAUCUCCUCAAGAGUAUGAAGAGGAGAAUGUGGUUGCCCAUCAUGCCUCAAUGUGUCCGGACAAGGCGAAUCCAAAAAACAAUGCAUCAGUUUCAUGUAAACCACCAGUGCCUCAGUCAAGAAAUUUUCAACAAUCCACAUCUCGACAAAGAAGUGUGCAUGUAAGUUCAAUAACCCCACAACACGAGUAUAGUCAAGAAACUCAACCUUCCAGUGAUGCCAUUCACUUUAGUCAUAUUGACAAACCUUGUAAGGUGUCUCCACCAACUCCUUCCACAAAUUCAAACUCGUGGCAAAACCCUCUAAAGGUGCCUCAAACCAAUUCCUUGAAAAAGGCCCCGAUCUACUCUGAAAGCCAAUUCCGAAACAACAACAUUACAAAUCAUCGAGAGCAUGAAGAAGAGAGUCACCACCCAGCGACAAAUGUUGUCACUAAAAGACCUCUACCACCUUCACAAUUCUCGAAAGGUUCUUCAACAGCAGCAUCAUCAACGACCUCUUCAUGUCAUGAAAUACAGCAGGCAUCAAAACCUCAAACUUCAGUACAACCUUUUCAAAAACCACAAUCCUCGUCAAUAUCCAGAAAGCCAGCAUCAUUUACAACAGACGAGAGUCAUAUUAACAACCAACGACAAGAAGUAAUGCCAUAUGCUAAAUCAAAUUUCAGUGUUGGUGAUGGUGUGAACAAGGUUGUUGGAAAUAGUUCUCCUCAAGUCAUGCAAUUGGCCCAAAUGAUUUCUCAGUCAGGUAUCUUUGCAUCAAAACCUCCACCUCAAAUCAACAACAACAGCACUAUCCAAAACUCUUCUCGGCCAGUACGAACUGAUGACACGGAAAGUAAUGAUGGCUCUCACUCCAAUAAUUGUAGUGCUUACACUCAGCAGCAACCGUCGUUCAGUCGUUCAGAAGAAAAGCUCCUCCUCUUCCUGCUCAAAAUAUCGAAAUUAUCCAUAAGGGUUUGA